AGCAGCUGCGGGCGCGCGCGUUCCUAAACAUGUCUCGUGCUUCUCGCGCGCUUGUUUUCUCAAUCCCGAUAAUUGAUUUAUAAAGAAACUCAUCAAAACCGAAGAAAUCGUCGAUCAGCUGUUGGUGCUGAUUGAUUUCUAAUGUAAUGGACCGAAUUUCAGCGCUUCGGAGCUCAGCAUAAGCAUGGAUUCAUGUUUAAAGAGACUGAGACAAGAACUGGAUGUCGCUGUGAACGUCGUGGUUUAUCCCCAGCAGCUGCCUUAUCCACAUCUGUAUGUAUGGCGUGCAACAUCACGCAUGUGUUAGUAUGAAAGAGGCUGGUGAUGGUCUUCACGCUCAGAUGAACUCCAUGAUGGGAGCUCUCCAAGAACUCAAACUUCUCCAAGUCCAAACUGCACUCGAGCAGCUGGAGAUCACAGGAAAAAAGAAUUGCGUGGCUCCACCACCACUUGAAAAACCCAUUAACUGCAACUUUGAGCCUCAAAACCAGCAACAUCAGUUAUCUAAAAUCUCUGCUCAAGAAGAUCAAGUUCACUCCCAUCACCUACAUCGCAGUAGUGUUGGGACAUCACCCUCUACAUCCAGCCUAGAAAGUGAGAGUAUGGCAUUGCCCAAAAAGCUCCCAGGAUACACUGCUUCACAAGCAGAAUACUGUGGCCCAAAAAUGUAUCAAACACCAACGGACCACCAAAGCAUGCACCCACACUCAUCCCUUCUUACACAAGUGGAUCUGCCCGAGCUUCUCCACAACUUGUCUAGAGAGGGGCCAUCAUUGGACAGUGACUACAUCGAGGACAGCAUUGAUGACUCCAGUGAUUGGACUUCCUCUCUUAUGAGUUGCACCCGCAAUCGUCAACCUCUAGUACUUGGGGACAACGUGCUUGCUGACCUGGUAGGCAACUGGCUUGACCUGCCUGAAAUUGACAAAGACUGUGUUGAUGGGGGGAACGGAAUCAACAGACCAGACUCCCCAGCUCAUCCCCUCGAACUCAGCCGAUCCCAAGAGUUUUGCAGGAGGUUCUCGCUGACCAGCAAUAUCUUCAAGAAGUUUCUGCGUAGUGUGAGACCUGAUCGGGACAAACUGUUAAAAGAAAAACCAGGUUGGAUGCCACCAGGACAUGACUCUGAAACAGAGCUUUUCAAGAGACCCAAAAAAACUUCCAAGGCCAAGGGUAAAUUCUACUUGCCAUUUUGGUCGGGGGGUGGACAGCAAAUAAAGGGUAGUUUGUCUCCUCAGCCAGAAGGGGAGAAGAGCGAGUUAUUAGGACUUGAUAGCAAACCUACAGAUGCAGUGGAAAAGGUCCAGCCUGAUUACUUGCUUGAUUACAAUACAGCUGUUUGGGUAUAACAGGGAUUUUCUAGGGAGGUGAUGGGGUGGGAAUUCAACAUUUGCGCAGGACUGAGUGAGAUUAAAAUGGAUUUGGUUUGGACUCGAUGACAAUCUGUUAGAGCCUUCAGGGUGUGAAAUGAGAUCUUCCGAUGAUGCACUUAACUGCACUCGACUCUCAGUGAGAAUACAAAUACCCAAAACACUUCCGCUGAUAUGCUUAUAAUUUUUUUUAGUCUGCACUCUAAACUUUCUUGUUUUAAUGUCUUGCACACAAGUCUACCAUGGUGUCUGUAGUGAAUUACCACGACUUUCAUUCAGGGCAGCAAGAGGGUC